AUGGCCGUAACCUUGGAUGCCAAGACCGCCGGACUGAUGCAGUACAUGAAGUAUCCUCCAUCCGCUCUGCCGGCCAGCGCCUCUACCUUUGACUGCCUGGGGCUCGAUGCUGGUGCCUUUCAGGCAAACAGCAAGAAGCUGGCACAGCGGCGCCUGCAGCCGAAGGCGGCCCAGGGCGGCUCCGUGGCGAGCCAGAUUCUCUUCGAUGCCUUGGCCCUCGAUUCGGCAACCUUGCGGUCUUCGAAGGUGACUGCUCCGCACAAGAAGGCCUCCAACAAGAUGUCCUCUUCGCUUUCCACCGGCUCGACCAGCGACGGGUCCGCUGAAUCCUGA